AUGGUGGGACGGGUGGCUGCUUUAUUUCUGUUCCUGCUGCACAACUGUCUGACAGAACAUGUUUUUCUUGACAGCCAGCGCGCUUCAGAGGUCCUGAUCCGAAUGCGACGAGCAAACCAGCUGUUUGAAGAGGUAAAACCAGGGAACCUGGAGAGAGAAUGUGUGGAGGAAAUUUGCGACCACGAAGAGGCCCGAGAGGUGUUCGAACAGCCUGAUAAAACAAAAGACUUCUGGGAGAAAUACAUAGACUGCAAAGGGACAACGCUGGACCGAACACUGGCCAAUGUAGGGAUCAUCCGGGAUUGUAUAGCAGGUCAGUGCAUUUCCGGCAAAGGAAUGAAAUAUGAAGGAGAUAUCUUCAUCACAAAAUCUGGUAAACGCUGUCAAAGAUGGAGAGAUGGCUUCCCGCAUCCCAUAAUUAGGGAGUUCAAUGCUUCAGAACCAGGCAGCAUCCUAAAAGAAAAUUACUGUCGAAACCCGGACGGCCAAGAUGAAGGACCUUGGUGUUUCACUCAGGACCCGACGGUCCCGAAGGAGACCUGCAGUGUCCCAAUAUGUGGGAUACCCUUUGUUCCACCGACUGAGCCUCCGAUACCAAAACAGCCGAGCAAUUGCUUAAUAGAAAAUGGUAUAGACUACAAUGGUGACCUGUCUGUUACCCUUGGGGGUCACACCUGCCUGCCCUGGUCCCUUCCAGAAGUUCAGAAGCUUAGCCAGGACAAGGAUUUUUUACCUGAAGUUAGUCUAGAUAGUAACAAGUGUCGUAACCCUGACAAUGACUCAGAGGGCCCAUGGUGCUAUGUGCGGAUAUCUGGGAAUGUGACAUUGGAUUACUGCGACCUCCAUCUAUGUGAGGAGGAGCUGCGCAAUCUCGACUCACCGGACGUGUCUGAUGGCCGCGAGCGCUCUGUCCACGGACCCGCCAAGAAGGUUUUUUUUAACCCUCGGACUUUUGGACAAGGAGAAACCUUGUGUGGUGAGCGGCCAAUGUUUGAGAAGUUGGGCAAGGAGGAUGGCAAUGAGAAGGAGCUGGAGGAGUCAUACCGACAACAGCGUAUAGUUGGGGGCACUGAUGCCGAGGUGGCCUCUGCUCCAUGGCAGGUGAUGUUAUACAAACGAAGCCCUCAGGAGCUCCUGUGCGGCGCCAGCCUCAUCAGUGACCAAUGGAUCCUCACGGCAGCUCAUUGCAUUUUAUACCCACCCUGGAACAAGAACUUCACCACCAAUGACAUCUUGGUGCGCCUUGGCAAACACAACAGAGCAAAGUUUGAACGUAACAUUGAAAGGAUCGUAGCGAUCGACAAAAUAAUCGUCCACCCAAAGUAUGACUGGAAAGUGAAUCUGAACCGAGACAUCGCAUUACUGCAUAUGAGGCGGCCGAUUAUCUUCACCAACCAGAUCCACCCUGUUUGCCUGCCCAACAAAAAGGUUGCCAAAAUGCUAAUGACUGCAGGAUUCAAAGGUCGAGUGACCGGCUGGGGAAACUUGAAGGAAGCCUGGACCCCAUCUGGGAGAGCUUUACCUACAGUUCUUCAGCAAAUCCAUCUGCCCAUUGCAGAUCAAAGUACCUGCAAAAGCUCCACCUCAGUCAGGAUCACUGACAACAUGUUCUGUGCUGGAUAUAGACCAGAAGACACAGAACGAGGUGAUGCUUGCGAGGGAGACAGCGGUGGACCAUUUGUGAUGAAGCAUCCGUCAGAGAAACGCUGGUACCAGAUUGGCAUUGUAUCUUGGGGUGAAGGCUGCGACCGCGAUGGAAAGUACGGCUUCUUCACGCAUGUUUUCAGGAUGAGCAGGUGGAUGAGGAAAGUCAUUGAAAACUCUGAUGGUGAUGAAUAG